UUUGGGGUGGGCGGAACCACAGCAGUGACAGCGACGCUCCGGGGACUUCCUAACAAAGCUGUCAGAAAACAUUCAACUAACGCCAUGGCAGAGUUGGACCUGAGUCUGAGCGACGCGCUGACGGACAGCCCUGCUCAGCCCGGCCCAGAGGGCAAGGUGGAGAGAGACUUUAUGGCCCAGCUGGAGGCCGAGACGUUCGACGAUCAGGUGAAGGAGACGGUGGGGAAGACGGACUACAUCCCCCUGCUGGACAACGACGACACCCGGGCAGACGCUGCGGCCGCUCUGGAGAACGGAGAGCAGGAGGCUCAUGGGGCGCAAAAGCCUGUCUCCAUGGCGGCUCACUCUGACUCCCUGGCCUCUCACUCCAGCCCCGUCCAAAUGAUGGAUUCUGGUCUGCUGGGGACUUUUCAAGGCUUUUCCCAGCCUGGUGGGAUUGGAAUGACAGUGGAAGUCGGAGCCUCACCUGUGCAAACACAGAAGACCCCGAGUAUAUCCGAGCCGCAGUAUCCCACACCUCAAGCUGCCUCGGACGUCCCGAAGGAUCACAGCGCCGCUCUCCCAGAGUUCCAUGCUCCCAGCAGCCCUCUGGAUGCGUCAGCAGGUUCCUUAGAGGACACUUGGCAAGACCAGACUGGGGCCAUAUCAACAGACCCACCGUUGGCUCCAAGCAUUACAGUGACGUUUUCCGACCAAGCCGAACAGCUCACAGCCAGCCCAGAGGAUGCGCCCGGCAGCUGGCCCAGCCGUGAGAGCUCCGCCUAUGCUGGAGGUGAUGAAAGAGACACGGACGGAUCUGACAGGAAACAAAAGAAAAAGAAGAAAAGGAGACAGAAAGAUGAAGGAUCCUAUGAAAACUUUGAGAGCAGGGACCAAUCAGAGAUGCAGGGAGCAGGAGAGAACACUCCUCCGACGGAAGAGUUUUAUCAUAGGAUCGGUCCAAGAAGGGACAGAGGAGAAGGUGGCUGGGAAGAGCAUAUUGGGAAGAGCGGAGGCCGCGGGAAGAAAAGUAAAAACAGGAGGAAGCUUCCAGAGGAGUGGGCGGUGACCGCAGAACCCUUUGUUCCCUCUUCAGCGAUUGCCUCGGAAACAAAAUCGGACAUAAUGAUGGAUCUUGGGAGCCCAAAUAAUGAGCUGUUGGAGACGUCUUUAGCAGACACGGAUGGUGGCAAACACGCCAUGAAGAAAGAAGUUUACCCAGAAGAAGGCUCAACCCCUCUGUCCCAGGAUGUGUUUUCUCCAACGGCAGCAGUCAUCAGUCCACUCGCUCUGAACAGUGAGCUGAAUGCUACAGCAGCUCCGUUCACAAUGCCGUCGCCCACCAAUAAAACAACUCUUGGAAACUUCGCAGGGGCUGCUUCCUCUGGUGAUCCAGUUGACAUCCUAUUGGAUACUGAAAAUGCCAUUUUGGGCCAAAGCAAUCAAACCUUUUAUAAUCCUUUCUCCUCAGAGAAUACAGAAGCAGUCGGUAACAUGGUUGACAGUGGAAUGUUCGACACCUCAAGUUCCAUUCACGAAUCUUCUAUGACGGGUGUGUCAGAGGGAGACACCUCUGCUUUUAGUUCUGCUUCACAAUCAAGCCAAGCCCUUUCCCCUAAAGUGCUGGCUUCUGCCCCACCUCUGUCCCCCUCUGAUGCUUCAUGGCUUCUGAAUAACUCUCAGACGAGCAACAGCAGCGAUCUAUUUGACUUCAGUGAAACCAGCGCUGCUGGCCAUCCUUUACUCCUGGGCCUGUCCUUUAACACCCCGAGCCCAGCACCUCUCCGCUCACCUAAAACCACUGCGCAAGAGUUCCAGCCCAAGCAUAAAGAUGGAAAGUCAACUCAGAAUCAGUCCCGAAAGUCACCCUCAUCAUCUCCCCCCUCAUCGUUGAGGAGUCCUACCUCCCCAGAGGCAAAGCCCUCCCCGCAGGCUUCCCCCGUUACUUCACCCUCAUCUCCUGGUUCGGUCACUGCUGUCGGAGUUCCAGGAUCUGGUCUCAAUCCUGCAGCAAAGCCUUUCUUUCCUAGCUUUGCAGAUCCAAUGGAAGACACAGCUGUGGUCCCUCCAGUUGUCCCCAUCGUGGAAGUUAAACCUAACAAGAUGGAGACAAUAGAGAAGAAGGACGACAAACAGAAGGACGGGGAAAAGAAGGUGGAGCCGUUUGAAGAUUUUAACAAAGCUGAGCACGGGAGCGUUAAGGUUGAAUUCACCAGCAAUGAAAGUCCAUUAAAAGUGGAGAAUGAGGUUGGAAAGGACACGAAGAAGGUCAAUGAACACGAGGCAAAAAAGGGUGAAGAAGAAAAACAUCCAGACAAAGCGAAGGAGGCGGAUAAACCGGAUGACCAAAAGCAAACAGAGAAAGUAAUAGAAAAGGAGGAAGCUGUUCAGAAGAAGGAAGAGAAGGAUGACAAACAGCCCAAGGUAGAAGAACCAUCCUUCACAGUGGAAAAGCAAGAAAAGAUGGAGACGAUCAACAAGGUGGAGAAAACCAGCGAGAAUCUGAAAGAAGAAACGAAAGUAGAAAAUGAACAUAAGGAGAAAGCAGAAAAGGUGGAAGAAAAUGAAAAGUCCAACAUGGAAGAGAAGAAAGUGGAAAGCAAACCCAUUGAGAGAGAAGAACAUGUAGAAAAGUUGGACAUGAAACAGGAUUUCCAUGUGGAAGAAAAAGCAGAAAACAAAACAAACCAAAUUGCAGAAAAAGCUGAGAUAAAGGAGGACAAAGAGCUGCACAAAGUGGAAACGGCUUCAGAGCAACAGCCGGCACAUGUCCAGCCUGACCCGACUCAUGACAAGAUGGAGACCAAGGUCAGCGUGGAGGUUAAAACCGAGGAGAAAGCGGAGAAGGAAAUGUCCGACACCGCCGAACCCAAGGCGAUAGAAAAAGAAACGGCUGCCACAGGCGAAACCAAAACGAUGGAGAAAGAAAAGGUCGACACGGGCGACACCACAACCAUGGAGAAAGAAAAGGUUGACAAGGGCGAAGCCAAACUGACAGAGAAAGAACAGGCCAACACGGUCGAAGCCAAAACAACGGACAAAGAAAAGGUAGACAUGGGCAAAGCCAAACUGACAGAGAAAGAAAUGGCUGCCACAGGCGAAGCCAAAUCGACGGAGGAAGAAAAGGCCGACACAGGCGACGCCACAGCGAUGGAUAAAGAGAAGGCAGACGGUGGUGAAACCAAAACAGCGGAGAAAGAGGAUGCAGGAACCAAGCCCCUGGAAAAGCCUGUUGUGAAAGAAGGACAAAAAUCAGAAAAGGAGGAAAGGCAAGACAAAAAGACUGUAGAGAAGAAGGACAGUAAGAAAGAAAAAGCUGUUAAAGUAGACGGAGACAAGGCCAAGAAACCUGUGAAGGCUGCAGCCAACGGAGGCAGCUCAACGGCCAGCAAGGACCUACCAGGUGCAGAAAGGAAGACCAAGGCUGCCGUAGGGGCGACCAAACCAGCAGGCGCUGUCAAAACGCGGCCAAACACCGCUCCCGCCGCCGCCGCCGCCACCAAACGCCCCACACCCACCACCACCAGCACUACCACUGACAAAAAAACAAGCACACUCAAGACAGCUUCCACAGCUGCUGCCGGGCCCAAACGGCCCCCCACCAAUCCCACUAGUCGCCUGUCAUCACAGCCCCCCUCCACGGGCACACGUGACGUUAAACCUAAGUCAAUUACAGAGAAGCGCCCCCUAGUGCCAAAAGCCACCAGCGCUGCUACGAGUCUAACCGGCCCUGCAGCAAAAAACGGAGCAGCCGGCGCUGCAGCCAGCAAAGCGGCUUCAUCGGUCCGCAUGGCCACGUCCACCCGCACUACUACCAGUCCUGCCGCCAAAAAGCCCCUGGCUUCUAAAACUGACAGCAAACCAGGAGAGGAGAAGAAGCCCACCACUGUUAGGACCUCAACAGCCGACUCUACCAAGCUGAAGACCACUACCACCGCCUCAAGGAGCGCAUCUUCCACCACUACUGCUUCUCGCACUCGGACAACGGCAGCCAAGCCAGCUGCUCCGUCCUCCACCACGGUCACCACAGAGAAGAAGCCUCUGGUGCCCCGCACCACACGGCCCACUUCAUCGAUCACAUCCACCACGACUAGCACCGCCACCAGGCCCACGGCUCGCCCAGGCACGGCUCCGGCUCCUGACAUUCGCAAUGUCCGCUCAAAGAUUGGCUCCACUGACAACAUGAAGUACCAGCCCGGCGGUGGGAAGGUGUCCUCUGUUACUCAGAAAAGGGGCGUGCCCUCCAAAGAAAGCAGCCAGAGCAAAGUUCAGAUAGUCUCCAAAAAGCUGGACUUCAGCCAUGUCACCUCACGCUUGGGCUCCAAGGACAAUAUGAAGCAUGUUCCUGGUGGAGGGAAUGUGCAGAUUCUCAACAAGAAGGUGGAUGUAAGUAAGGUGACUUCAAAGUGCGGCUCCAAGGACAACAUUAAGCACAAACCUGGUGGAGGCGCCACGAAGAACGAAUCCCACAAAGUGAACUUUAGAGAAGAUACUCAGGCCAAAGUCGGGUCGCAGGACAACGUGAGCAGUUCUCCAGGAGGAGAGAACGUCAAGGCUGAGGGGCCCCAGCAGACCGAGGGGACUGGGACUCCCAUGAUUAGCAGCCUGGCUCCGGCCCCCGAGUCAGGGCCAGGAGGGGACCCUAAUACCCAGGAGAAUGGGUUGAAGGAUGGAGCUCCCAGUGAUGGUGAGGGCCUCCGGGAGCCUCAAGCUCUGGACUCCCAAAUGCCAGAAACAAGCAUCUAAUUCUGCUAUCCCUCUGCCCUCCUCAUUUCAACUGCCCCCCUUUAACUUCACCGCCUCCCCUUCCCCCCUUAUUUUCCUUACUGUAAAUCUUUUUUUUUUUUCUCCUUGCCUCACUUUUACUCCCUCCCUCCCCAACCCCCCU